UUUGAGCCCGCGGCAGCGCCAGCCUUUGUUCGGGGCGGAGGAAGGCGGACGCGCGGCGUUGCGCUCGCCUCGUCGGGGAGGCUCCGCCGGCCAGGAUGGCGCUCUUGCUGCGCCCUGCCGCGCCCGCGCGCCCGCUGCUGUCUCCCCCGCUGCCCGAGCGUCUGCCGGGCGCCAACGGCACCCAGGCGAAGAGCCGCCCGCACGGCUGCGACAACGGGGCGCUGCUGGACCGCUUCGGGGUGCUGGUGCAGGCGCUGCUGGCCGUGGUGGCCUUCAGCACCCUCAUGCGUAAGAACCGAUUUAAGGAAGCGAAAGGAGAGAGGCGACCCUGGAGAAUAUGGUUUUACGAUACGUCGAAGCAAGCCAUAGGCGCCCUUUUCAUCCACUUUGCCAACGUCUUCCUGUCUGACCUGACUGAAGAAGACCCCUGCUCUCUCUACCUGAUGAAUUUCAUCCUGGACGCCACUUUGGGGAUGCUGUUAAUUUGGUUCGGCGUUAAAAUGGUGUCCUGGGUUGUGGAGGGUUGGAAAUGCAUGCAUCUUGUCUUCGGGGAGUAUGGUGACCCUCCGCAAGCAGCUGCUUGGAUUGGACAAUGCAUCCUCUACCUGUUGAUUAUGGUCUUUGAGAAGACGACAGUUGGCCUUGUCUUGCUCAUCCCUGGCUGGACGAAGCUUCAAGAGAUUCUUCUGAACUACAUUCCUGAUCCACAGCUGGAGCUGGUGUUGGUGAUGCUUGUGGUCCCUUUUAUAGUCAACGCUGUUAUGUUCUGGGUAGUGGACAACUUGAUCAUGAAGAAGCACAGGCAGAAAGAAAGCUUUGAAAUUAGUGGAGUGAUGGAAAUCUCACGAGCUUUGCGGGAUGAGGAAUACCAGGUGCUGCUGUGUCCGGCUGUGGAUUUUGACCAUUCUGCAAGCGACCAGGAACAGUCAGGAUCUUUCCUCAGAGUGAAUCCGACGACAAGACCAUUGGACCACCCGGUUUCGGUUUAAAUGGGGAUUGUGAGCUAAGCCAAAAGGAGGGGACAGUGGCAACUGAGAGACCUGCAAUAAGGAUGCUUCACAACUGAUGUGCCCAUCUUUGGUUUUCCAGGAAAGUGGAGCGUCUGUGGCAAUUAUGCAUUUAAAUAAGGAUCACAAGGUGGCGCCAUCCCAUUGUGUCCAAAAGUGAUAAUGCGCAUGGGACUUUUCCAUCAUUCCUAGCCUUUGCUCGGGAGUAUGGUGCUGGGUAUUUGAUCGACAGAAGAUUACAUUGUUGGUUGCAUUUUGUUCUCCUGAGCUGUGCUCAUGCAAAUGAGACGAAGUGGGUUGACUUGAUUCUGGCUGGCCAGCUGGUGGCAGAUUUUGUUUGGGUCUGAAUGGUAACACUGCAUCCUUGAUAGAAUUAAGAUUGUAUGUCUGGAGCGGACUCUUCUGGCAUGCAAACUGCACAGAUCACUCAUAAAUCUGCACACGGAUCACUCAUAAAAAAAA